GCCAGUGGCCAGCGCUACGUGAGUGAGUACUCAGGAGCAGGGACAGGGCUAGGGGAAGCUCCAGGGACCAACUCUGAGCUUCGGGCUGGCCGAGGGGACAACCACCGGCGGGCGAGCUCGACACAAGGCUGACGACCAGCGACCGUGUUCAUCCAGAUCUCAAACUUUCUUCUGUACCUCAGGAAUAGAACAAUGCUGGUUUCGGAAAGAACGGAGGAACUUUGGUAGUCCUGGCCGAACCGCCGACGCAAGGCAACGUAGCUCUCCCGCAGUGUCGGGAGCCCUGACUGGAAGGGGAGACCCAUCACACCUAAGGCUACUUACAGAAUUGGAGCCUCUACCUCUGUCCUGCUCCAGGCAGCUCUGCCUCAGUAGAGGGAUUGCUUCUCCAGUGUCCUGUCACCUUGUCUGUCUUGCUGUUUUUAAGAAUUGUUUAUAUAUAUGGGUGUUUUGCCUGCAUGUAUGUACCACGUUUGUACCUGAUGCCACAAAUGGCCUAAGAGGGCAUCAGAUCCCCUGGAGCUGGAGUUACAGCUCCCCCUGAACCAUGUCACUGGGUGGAAGAAGCAUGCUGUGGGACUGAGUCAGGAACCAGCUUGGAACCGUUUGCCUGUACCUGCUCAGUCAAGUGACAGCUCGGAGCCCAGGAGUACCAAGUCGCUGCAAAACACAGGCACAGUGAGGAUGAGUGCAGGGGAGAGCACUGCAGCUCCCUUCCACACAACCUCAGACACCAACAUGAGUGUUGCUACCUUUUCUGUUGUGGACUAUGUGGUAUUUGGCCUGUUGCUGCUUCUCUCCCUUGUCAUCGGUCUCUAUCAUGCUUGCCGUGGCUGGGGCCGCCAUACUGUCGGUGAGCUGCUGUUGGCAGACCGCAAAAUGGGCUGCCUUCCUGUGGCACUGUCCCUACUGGCCACCUUCCAGUCAGCUGUGGCUAUCCUGGGGGCACCAGCUGAGAUCUACAGAUUUGGAACCCAGUAUUGGUUCUUGGGGUGCUCCUACUUCCUGGGACUACUGAUCCCUGCUCACGUCUUCAUCCCUGUCUUCUACCGCCUGCAUCUUACCAGCGCCUAUGAGUACCUGGAGCUCCGGUUUAAUAAAGCAGUGCGGAUCUGUGGGACUGUGACCUUCAUCUUUCAGAUGGUGAUCUACAUGGGAGUUGCUCUCUAUGCACCAUCCUUGGCCCUCAAUGCAGUGACUGGAUUUGAUCUAUGGCUGUCAGUGCUGGCUCUAGGAAUUGUCUGCAACAUCUACACUGCACUGGGUGGACUGAAGGCUGUCAUCUGGACAGAUGUGUUUCAAACAUUGGUCAUGUUCCUAGGGCAGCUGGUGGUUAUCAUUGUAGGCUCGGCCAGAGUUGGUGGCUUGGGGCAUGUAUGGGAUGUGGCUUCCAAGUAUAACCUCAUCUCUGGAAUCGAGCUGAAUCCUGACCCCUUUGUGCGUCACACAUUCUGGACUCUGGCCUUUGGGGGUGUCUUCAUGAUGCUCUCCUUGUAUGGAGUAAAUCAGGCUCAGGUGCAGCGCUACCUCAGUUCCCACUCAGAGAAGGCUGCUAUGCUCUCCUGCUAUGCAGUGUUUCCCUGCCAGCAAGUGGCCCUCUGCAUGAGUAGCCUCAUUGGUCUGGUCAUGUUUGCCUAUUAUAAGAAAUAUAAUAUGAGCCCCCAGCAAGAGCAGGCAGCCCCUGACCAGUUAGUCCUCUACUUUGUGAUGGACCUCCUGAAGGAUAUACCAGGGCUGCCUGGGCUAUUCGUUGCCUGCCUCUUCAGUGGAUCCCUCAGCACCAUAUCCUCUGCAUUCAAUUCAUUGGCAACCGUCACAAUGGAAGACCUGAUUCAACCCUGGUUCCCUGAGUUGACCGACACUCGUGCCAUCAUGCUUUCUCGAAGCCUUGCCUUUGCCUAUGGACUGCUUUGCCUGGGAAUGGCCUAUAUUUCCUCUCAUCUGGGAUCAGUGCUCCAGGCGGCACUCAGCAUCUUUGGCAUGGUUGGAGGGCCACUGCUGGGACUCUUCUGCCUUGGAAUGUUCUUUCCAUGUGCCAACCCUCUUGGUGCCAUCAUAGGCCUGUUGGCUGGACUCACCAUGGCCUUCUGGAUUGGCAUUGGGAGCAUAGUGAACAGUAUGAGUUCUGCCGUGGCGUCCUCUCCCAUUAAUGGGUCCAGCUCCUUCCUGCCCAGCAAUCUGACCGUUGCCACUGUGACUACCCUGAUGCCUUCCACUACCCAGUUCAAGCCCACAGGACUGCAGCGGUUCUACUCCCUAUCCUAUUUAUGGUACAGUGCGCACAACUCCACCACAGUCAUUGUAGUGGGCCUGAUUGUCAGUCUGCUUACUGGGGGAAUGCGGGGCCGGUCCCUGAACCCCGGAACCAUUUACCCUGUGUUGCCAAAGCUCCUCGCACUCCUCCCCUUAUCUUGCCAGAAGCGGCUUUGCUGGAGAAGCCACAGCCAGGAUAUUCCCGUGAUCCCCAGCCUGUUCCCAGAGAAGAUGAGGAAUGGAGUGCUGCAGGACAGCAAAGAGAGUAUGGCUGAAGAUGGCCUUGUCCACCAGCCAUGCAGUCCUACCUACAUUGUCCAGGAGACCUCCCUGUGACCUGUGAUGGGAACACAAGCCUCCAGUCUGCCCUCAGAGCAUGACAGCAGCCAGAGGCUAUUUUGUAGUGCCUGGAUGAGUCACUACAUGUGUUCUGCAGUGCUGGGGUGGACGAAUUAGCCCACAGCAAAGGACCUUGAUCUUUAAUGUCUUUAUCUCCAUGGGAGCUGUUGCGUGCAAGGGUGAGAAGGUUUUUUAUUAUCCCUUGCCAGUCUUUUAGGAUCAGGUUUGCAAGAUAGAGAAUUAUAUUAUUGUGGGGAAAUAAAUGAAUAUACCAAAAAAAGGAUGGCUUUUGGUUAAGUAUGGCCAGGAUCCUUGGGAGUGAGUAGAAACAGCAUUUCAUGUAACUGUUCAGUUAGCAUAAUUGACCAGCUCCACCACUGUUAAGCAUGAAGUCCUUGGCCACCUGUUGAUUCCCUCACUGUCAUGUCAACCUGGAUUGUCCCAACCAUUGUGGGCCCUUGUGGUCACUUUUAGGUUAUCUGAAAUACUUAAGUCCCUUUCACUCUUACUGCCUACCUUGAUUCUUGAGAGGGAGGCUUUGCUGUCGCUGGGCUCCAGAAUAGACAGAAAGCCCUCUACUUUGUGUAGAGGGCAGGUGCACGUUUUCUACAUCACAGACCCCAACCCUCCUCAGGUGGUACUUAAGAGACAGGGCCCUCUCCUGGCCCCUUAUGCAAUGCUGUCCUCUGAACUCUUAUGCCAGGGCACCCUCGUGUCAUUCUGUCAUCUGUGCUCCUAUUUCCUUUUGGAUUUUUCUCCUUAUGCAUUUUGUUCCUAGGGAAUAAAAAUAUCUGUUAGACCUAA